GCGUCUUUCGCAGGGCUUCCAACAGCCCUAUGUUGGGACAAAGCAUCUGGAGGUUCACAACCUCUGUGGUCUGUAGGAGCCGCUGUGAGGAGGGUCCAGGGAAGAAUUUACCAAUUUCAGUGGAAAACAAGUGGCGGUUACUAGCUAUGAUGACUUUGUACUUAGGGUCUGGAUUUGCUGCACCUUUCUAUAUAGUAAGACACCAACUGCUUAAAAAAUAAUCCUUGAGACAGAUACAAAGAGGAGCGUUUUAAGAUGUGCA